CAGAAGAAUAUACAGUUCGCAUAUACUAUCUCUAUGGUUGUAACUUUUAACAAAUGGCCAAAUUUACUCUGUAUUCUGUAUAAAAUAUUGGUACUUAUAAGAAAGGUCAAUACAAUAACAUUCAAUUCAACAAGAGACCGCUUCGGGCUGGCUCAGAGAUACACUUCAAUCCUGCGAACAAAAAACGAAAAUCUCGAACAAAUCUAAAAAGAUUAACAUGGAGGUUCUAAAUAAGCUUCGGAACACAGUGAGCAAUACAAUGAGCAGCACAGCGCAUAGCCUGUCUCAACUGUCGAGUGUUUUACCAGGUAACCCAGUAACCCGAGAAUUCGAAGUCACGGCCCAUAUCUGCAGCGCAGGUCCAGGGCUGCUGUGGAAAGUUUAUAAUGGGUACAAAAAGUCCACUAAACAGAAGGCAGCUAUAUUUGUGUUUGAGAAAAGAUUAUUGGACCAAUGGUCAGAAAAGUCUGUAAGAGACAGCGUGGUAGAGACACUGAAAAGAGGCGUGGUUCAGCUAACCAAGCUUAGGCAUCCUCAGAUACUUACAGUACAGCAUCCUCUGGAAGAAUCACGAGAUAGCUUGGCCUUUGCUACUGAGCCUGUGUUUGCUAGUCUAGCUAACCUAAUGGGAUGUUUAGAUAAUAUGUCUGCACAAGCACAAGUUACUCUGAGGGACUAUAAGUUAUUGGAGUUAGAGAUAAAAUUUGGGCUGUAUCAGUUAGGAGAAAGUUUGACCUUUUUGCACAACGAUGUAAAAAUGUUGCACAUGAAUCUGUGUCCUGAAUCUAUUGUUAUCAAUGAUCAUGGAGACUGGAAGAUCUUUGGUUUCGAUUUUUGCGCUAUAAAUCAGUCUCAUAACGAGAAGCCAAACUGGUUGCAUCUUGAUUAUAAUUCAAUACCCAGCACUGUUAAGACUUCAAUACACUAUCAAGCUCCAGAAUGCAUAAAAAACAGCACAAUAGGUCCAUCCAGUGAUAUCUUUUCUCUUGGCAUAUUGAUAUGUUAUCUAUAUUCACCUAAAAAUCCUUUCUGGAAUUCAAAAAAAAACGUAUUUAAUUACAAAAGUUAUAUAGAUGAGCUAAAAACUAUAAUCUGCUCGACAAGAAAUUUUGAUUUACCAGAAACGUUGAAAAAGACACUUAAACUUAUACUUUAUAGUGAUCUGGAGCUUAGACCAGAUGCAUAUCAAUUUAUAAAGAUUGAAUAUUUUAAUGACAUUGAAGUAAAGACUUUAAUUUAUUUGGAUAAACUAUUUCAAUGGGAUAAUCUCCAGAAAUCUCAGUUUUACAAAGGCUUGCCUCAAAUUCUCAUAAAGUUUCCAAGGCGAGUGGUACUGCAAAAGAUUUUACCAGCUCUACAAAAGGAGUUCAUAAAUACACCCAUGAUUCCAUUCCUGCUUCCAACUAUUCUUCAAGUUAUGGAUGAUUGUACCAAUGAAGAAUUCACCGAACGAGUUCUUCCUAUGUUAAAACAAAUUUUGGUCAUUGAAGAACCGCCUCAAAUCAGUUUGCUUCUAUUGCAAAAAACAGAGCUGUUAUUAAAAUGGUGUACACCAGAUAUCGUGAAAAAUUUCAUUGCUCCUAUGAUGAUAAGAUCACUAGAUUCGAAACACGAGCAGCUUCAGGAACAGUGUUUGGUAGCCCUACCAUCGAUUGUAACAAUUAUCGAUGUCACCUACAUAAAGAACUCUAUCAUUCCUAGGAUGCGUAAAAUAUGCAUGUCUGGCAAUAAUGGUCCUCAUAGUCUUGGAGUGCGCGUAAACUGUCUGUUGUGUUUGUCUAAAUUUAUAGAAAAUCUUGAUUCCUGGAUAGUUAAAGAAGAAAUUUUGCCUUUCUUACAGCAGAUACCCUGCGCGGGUGAACCACCUAUUUUAAUGCCAAUGAUAGGAAUAUAUAAACUAAUUGUUACAAACAGUAAGCUAGGAAUUAGCAAAGAUACAUUAGCUACAAAGGUGUUACCUUUUUUGUUACCGCUUUGUGUGGAACAAAGCUUGAACCCAAAACAGUAUGAGUUGCUGGUUUCUUUAGUUAACGACAUGAUCACACAAGUAACAAUGGAACAUCGAGAAGUUUUACAGCAGCUGCAAAAAACAAGACAGUUCCACGAGAACAUGACGGACACAAUAAAUAAUAUGACUACUAAUCCUCUCUCAGAAAAUGUGUUGUCAUCCACAAAUCCUCUAGGGACAUUCGAGAGUAACUCGUCGUUUCGGACACUGUCCCAGAGUAAAUCCCUAAUCCCGCAGUAUCAGACUUAUAGUUUGGAUGAAAAGAUUCGGCUAGCUAAGCAGGAAGAGAUAAGUAAGCAAAUUAGUAAUCAAGCUCCACUCACUCCAAGCAUAACGGCGCCAACGUCUGCAAAACCAAAGGUCAAAGAUCUGACCGACACUCUACUAGCCAACAACAUGAACCAACUUAAUUGGUCAUCUCCGAACAAAACUUCGGCUUUCACGAAUUCAACACCUAACUACAAAAAUCUGCAAACCAACAGCUUAACACAUGCCACAGCACCUCAGUCCUUUGUCAACCCAAUACCUCAACAGCAGAGGCAAUCGUCCCAAGUAAAUUGGAACUACCAAACAGUUCACAUAAGUUCAAAUACUUUUCAGCAGGGUCACAAUGUAACACCAAACACUGGCUGGAUAACGCCUGCCAUGAUGUUGCCUACCUCGAUGUCGCUUUCAAACAUUAGUUCCCAGAAUCAAACGGCAAUGACAAAACUCUCAUCUGAAGAGAUAAUGGAUUUUUUAAAAUAAAAUUUAUAUUUGUAAUAUGAUUGAGU